AUGACACUCACUGGGAGUUGUAUGUGCGGUGGCAUCGCCUACACUGCCAAAGUGGAUCAAUACCUCAGUGCUCUCUGCCACUGCAUAGACUGUCAAAAGGUGAGCGCUGUUUACGACCAAAAGGAUGAUUUUCUGAUCAGAAUCGAACAGUGGACUGGCAGCGCAUUUACUUCUAAUGCCGUCGUUCCCCGAACCAGCUUCAAGGUGACCAAAGGAACCCCUUCCUCCUACGAUGCCACUGGCGCCAGUGGCAAGAUCAACAAACACUUCUUCUGUCCUACGUGCGGGUCGAGUCUAUACACGGAGUUGGAGGUCAUGCCAGACAUGACCUGCAUUAAAGGAGGAGGUCUGGACAACGGACAGGCCAGUCUAGGAGGAAAGAUUGACGUAGAGUUCUACGUGAAGGACCGGCCGAGCUAUCUUGCUGCUGUGGAGGGUGCAAAGCAGGAAACUCACUUUGGAUAA